UCACAAACAUUGUGCUUAGUGAAAAUAUUUAUAUAUUUUUACGCGACAGACAAGGACAUUUUCACCCAUAAGCAUAUAUAUAUUUAAACAGACAAAAGAUGAGCAACAUUGUGCAGUAUAUUGUGGUGCGGAGUGAUUUGCGCUCCGCUCUAAGUUGGCCACUAGGCGCAGUGAUUGCCCAAUGCUGCCACGCGACGGCGGCGGUGAUGAGCCAGCAUACGGAAGAUGAGGAUACGCAGGCGUAUCUCAAGGAUCUGGACAACAUGCACAAGGUGGUGCUCGAGGCGAAGGACGAGGCGGCGCUAAUGAAACUUGUCGAUAAGCUAAAAGAGCACGAUAUUAAGCACAAACUCUGGAUCGAACAGCCGGAGAAUAUUCCAACCUGCAUCGCACUCAAACCUUACGUGAAGGAUGUGGUCCACAAAUAUGUGAAGCAUCUGAAGCUAUUAAAGUAGCCGGCUAUCGGAUCUGAAUUGAAUCUACAGACAUUAUAGUACAUGCCACCUAGCAUUUCUUUACCAAUAAAACUCAAAGUUUGUAAACA